AGUACAUAGUGCUGCCUAAAACAUACAGCAACCUUGUACUAAAUGGUUUUUGAGUCAUUUGUGCAUUUAUGUGAAUUCAGGAAAUCUACUAUAGAUUAAGUUCAUUUAAGUUGUGUAGCCUAAUUUCAAGUGUAUACUUUGUCUUAUGUGAAUGAAUUAAUGUUUUGUCAAUGCUUAGCUUCCAGAUCUAUUGAAAUGAGAUCAGUGCUAGACUUGGACAGGAGCUCACCGGAGCGGAGUACCGUCACCUCAAAUGUCUACUGCUUGAGCUCAUGUUCCUCUUAUAGAAUAUUAACUCAACAGUUUUGUGGAGCUCCUGCACCUAAAAUAAACCAUAUUUUUAGAGAAUUAAGAAAGUCUUGACAGUUCUGGCACUAACCUAUGUGUCCGUUUCUUUUUAUUACUACUGGCCGACUCAGAUUAAGUCUGAGGCCGGUAACAUCAACAGUGAGGACAAACCCAGCCUGCCUCUCUCCUUCCACACGGAGUCCAAACCUACAGUCACUGGGUCCUGAUUGUGACAGUGGAGCCCAGUUUGCACUGCAGGAUCUAGAGAUGGCAUCAGUGAAGCUAGAAGACUGCAGUCAAACACUGGAGCUGAAUGUCAACAUUAAAGAUGAAGAAGAGGAGGAGAAGAUUGGGAUAUCUGUUUCUCAUGGUAUAAGGCCGGUAACAUCAACAGAGAGGACAAACCCAGCCUGCCUCUCACCUUCCAUACUGAGUCCAAACCUACAGUCACUGGGUCCUGAUUGUGACAGUGGAGCCCAGAUUGUACUGCAGGAUCCAGAGAUGGCAUCAGUGAAGCUGUUAGACUGCAGUCAAACACUGGAGCUGAAUGUUAACAUUAAAGAUGAAGAAGAGGAGGCAGAGAUUGGGAAAUCUGUUAAUCAUGGACGACUAGAAUUAAGUCUGAGGCCGGUAACAUCAAUAGUGAGGACAAACCCAGCCUGCCUCUCUCCUUCCACACUGAUUCCAAACCUACAUUCACUGGGUCCUGAUUGUGACAGUGGAGCCCAGUUUGCACUGCAAGAUCCAGAGAUGGCAUCAGUGAAGCUGGAAGACUGCAGUCAAACACUGGAGCUGAAUGUCAACAUUAAAGAUGAAGAAGAGGAGGAGAAGAUUGGGAAAUCUGUUAAUCAUGGAGACCAUGUUGAGACAUUCUCUACAUCCAGAGAGAAACAGCAGGAACAUCACAGAGCUAAGAGGUCUCACCCCUGCCCACAUUGUGAGGAGAUUUUCCCAUUUCUAUCAAAGCUAAAAGUACACCUACAAAUACACAGAGGAGAGAAUCAAUAUUCCAAUAAUGACGGUGGGAAGAAUUUCACAACAUCCAAGACUCUGACAGUUCAUCAGAGAGUGCAUACAGGAGAGAAGCCUUACUCCUGCUCUGACUGUGUAAAAUGCUUCACAACAUCAACUAGGCUAAAAGUUCAUCAGAGAACACACACAGGAGAGAAGCCUUACUUCUGCUCUGACUGUGCGGCGAGUUUCUCUCUACUGUGCAACUUAAAACGACAUGAACGUAUACACACAGGAGAGAAGCUUUACUCCUGUUCUGACUGUGAGGCGAGUUUCUCUCUACUGUGCAACUUAAAACGACAUGAACAUAUACACACAGGAGAGAAGCCUUACUCCUGCACUGACUGUGGAAAGAGUUAUUCUCUACUGGGCCACUUAAAAAGACACCAACAUAUACAUACAGGAGAGAAGCCUUACUCCUGCUCUGACUGUGGAAAGAGUUUCUCUCGACUGGGCCACUUAAAAACACAUAAACAUAUACAUACAGGAGAGAAGCCUUACUCCUGCUCUGACUGUGUAAAAUGCUUCAUAACAUCAACUGAGCUUAAAGUUCAUCAAAGAACACACACGGGAGAGAAGCCUUACUCCUGCUCUGAUUGUGUAAAAUGCUUCACAACAUCAACUAGGCUAAAAGUUCAUAAGAGAACACACACAGGAGAGAAGCCUUACAUCUGCUCUAAUUGUGCAGCGUGUUUCGCUCUACUGUGCCACUUAAAACGACAUGAAAGUAUACACACAGGAGAGAAGCCUUACUCCUGCUCUGACUGUGCGAUGAGUUUCUCUCUACUGUGCAACUUAAAACGUCAUGAACGAAUACACACAGGAGAGAAGCCUUAUCACUGCACUGACUGUGAGAAGAGAUUCUACAGAAUGGGCCAUUUAAAAAGACACCAAUGUAUACAUAAAGGAGAGAAGCCUCAUCAGUUGUCUCAGACCAGCUGAGAUUAGACACUCCACUUAAUUUUCAUGUCAUUAAAUAAUUGGCAAUGUUGAAUUGGAUCAAAUGAAGAAAGCGUAGAACACUAUUGUAAUCCUAUAGUUUCUCACUGUUAGAGAACUGUGCAGAGGAAAGGGAGCGUUAUAGAAUGUUAGCCUCUCUUUACUUUACUGAUCAGUGUGGACCUUGUCGGUUUUGGUGUGUUUUGUUAGCUUCUACUGUAAAGAUAUUGACAUGACCUUGGAUUUGCCCUUAGGGUUGAAUAUCCUGUGAGUUGUCUCACAGUGGAGUCUGAUGGUUAACUGGGUGGUAGUAGUUCCCUCUGCAGUUUUCUGUGGGAAUGAGCUAGUAGAUACAACCUACACUGAGUGUACAAAACAUUAAGGACACCUGCUCUUUCCAUGACAUGGACUGACCAGGUGAACCCAGAUGAAAGCUAUGAUCCUUAAUGGUCUAGUUGUUGUGUAUUUGUUAUGGAUCCUCAUUAACUUUCAACAUAAAAAAAAAACUGCGGGUUUCUGCUGUUUCACACUGAUGGGAGGACUAGGGUAUGCAGGAAACCACGAGUACAUGCAUCCAGUGGUGGAAAAAUUACCUGUCAUACUUGAGUAAAAGUAAUGAUACCUUAAUAGAAAAUUACUCAAGUAAAAGUGAGUCACCCAUUAAAAUACUACUUGAGUGAAAGUAUUUGGUUGUUAUAUACUUCUGAAUAAAAAGUAUGAAUAUUUUCAAAUUCCUUAAAUUAAGCAAAGCAGACAGAAUAAUUGUCUUGUGUUUUUUAUACUACAGAUAGCCAUGGGCACACCAACACUCAGACAUAAUUUACAAACAAAGCAUUUGUGUUCAGUGAGUCCGCCAGAUAAGAGGCAGUAGGGAUGACCAGGGAUGUUAUCUUGAUAAGUGUGUGAAUUGGACCAUUUUCUGUCCUGCUAAUCAUAAAAAAUGUAACACGUUCUUUUGGGUGUCAGGGAAAAUGUAUGGAGUAAAAAGUACUUUAUUUUCUUUUGGGAUUUUGUGAAAUAAAAGUUGUCAACAAUAUAAAUAUUAAAGUACAGAUACUACUAAAGUAGUUCUUUAAAGAAAUUAUUCUGAAGUACUUUACACCACUGUAUGCAUCCAUGCCGUGUGUCAGCAUUGCAGGCUGGUGGUGUGAAGGGGUGGGUUGUGUUUUCAGGACACACUUUGGGCCCCUUGAUAAAAGUUGAGCAAUGUUUGAAUGCCAUAGGAUAUCUAAAUAAUCAUUGCCAAUCAGGUGCCUCCCUUCAUGGCAGCAGUGUAUCCAUCUGCAAAUAGAUUUCUUCAGCAGGAUAAUGCCACAAGACUAGUCCAGGAAUGGUUCCAAGAACAUGACAGUGAAUUCAGUUUACUGCAGUGGCCUGCCGAGUCACCAGAUCUCAAUCCAAUUGUGCAUCUGUGGGAGGAGUUGGAACGAGCUAGUCAGAGUAUAGAUCCACUCCCAGCCAACUUGACACAAUUUUGGGAAGCAUUGGAGUCAACAUGGGCCAGCAUCCCUGUGGAACACCUUCAACGCCUUGUAGAGUCUAUGCCCCGAUGAAUUGAGGCUGUUCUGAGGACAAGGUCGGGUGCAACUCAAUAUUAGGAAGGUGUUCCUAAUGUUUGUGCACUCAGUGUAUAUCAGAUUAAGAUGGCUUGAUCAGUUCUCAGCAUUAUUUUCGGUGUAUUAUUUUAUUACUAAACUUUUGUUUAAUGAUAAACAGGGAAUGAAUGAACUGUUUAUUGUAUUUUAAUACUAGAUUCAUUAUUUUAGUCAUUGAUGAUGAAUGUAUUUGAAUAACUGUAUUGAAGUUAAUUGAUCUGGCGGCAGGUAGCCUAGCGGUUAAGAGUGUUGGGCCAGUAACUGAAAGGUCGCUGGUUUGAAUCCAGAGCCGACUAGGUGAAAAAUCUGUCAUUGUGCCAUUGAGCAAGCCAAUUAACUCUUAUUUGUCCUGUAAGUCGCUCUGAAUAAGAGCAUCUGCUAAAUGACAAAAAUGUAAUGAAAAAUUAUGUUUGUACAUACAUUUAAUUAUACACAAGAAAAAAUGUAAUAAACUGUUUGAAGUGAAAUACUGUAUAUACAAUACACAACAUUAUCACUUUGUUGACCCUGGUCAGAGGUACAGGACCAUAGUAAACUAGACUAUGUAGCUGCUGCUGUUAGUAGCUUACAGUUUCCAUAUAAUACAACAUGUCAGAUCACUAAUGAUUAGGUGUACAGGCUGCUACAUUUCUGCUUGUGUCUGUCGGCAGUGAUGUGUUAUCAGGCUAAAUAACCACUAUUAUGUUGUUUUUGGUUUGCUAGUUGCACCAGUAGCAUGGUAUGUUCCUGCAAUGGUAGUGACCAAAAAACAAUAUGUUUCCAUUGUACUAGAGGCCUAGGAACAAAGAAGAAACUGACAGAUGUGUCAUAAUAGCCUGGAAGUAAAGCUGCACUGGGAGACACAUUUGAAAUGGAAUACAUUGAAUACAUGCAGCAGGGUGAAACAAUCACAGUAAAACACGAUUUAAAUGUAUUGUUGGAAGGGCUGUGGUCUCCAUUCAUGUAAUACAUUAAAUAUAUACAUCA